AUGCGUUUUUUAGGUGUCGCCGCUGUCUGUUCCCUGCUUUUUACAGCAUCUGCGGAAUUAUCGCCUCGCUCUUAUGAUACCCACGAUUUCUUUGCCCUCCACCUCGACGCUUCGACUCCUCCGGAACACGUCGCCCAAGUGCUCGGUGCCCAUCAUGAAGGCCAGAUCGGAAAUCUGCCUGGUCACCACAAAUUCUCAUUACCCCGCGAGCGAAGCUCGGAUAUAGAUGCGCUGUUAGAAGAACUGCGGGUUCGGAGGAAACUGAGACGGCGAGGAGGCGACGAUGCCGCCCGCUUGCCGAAGAGAGAAGACGGCCUGGAUGGGAUCCUCUGGUCCCAGAAGCUAGGAUUGAAGCAGCGACUGCACAAGAGGAUACCGCCUCCAGCAGAAUAUUCCGCGAAGUCAUCCUCGCCGCCUGCUAGAGAAAGACCGGCACGAGACGAUGCGGCUGCCGUGCAGGCUCAGAAGCGAAUUGCCUCGGACUUGGGAAUCGUAGAUCCCUUGUUCCAUGAACAAUGGCAUUUGUUCAAUACGGUGCAGGUGGGCCACGAUUUGAAUGUGACGGGUGUCUGGCUAGAGGGGAUUACGGGAAAGGGGGUCGUCACGGCCAUUAUCGACGACGGUCUGGACAUGUACAGCAACGAUCUCAAAGAUAACUACUUCGCUGAAGGGUCAUGGGACUUCAACGAUAAUACGGAUGAACCCAAACCUCGGUUAUUUGACGAUAAACACGGCACGAGAUGCGCGGGAGAAGUGGCGGCGGUCAGGAACGGAGUUUGUGGUGUCGGAAUGGCAUACGACAGCAAGGUCGCUGGGAUCCGGAUUCUAUCCAAACCGAUCGACGAUGCGGAUGAGGCCGCUGCGGUCAACUAUGGCUUCCAGAAGAAUGAUAUCUACUCCUGUUCGUGGGGUCCACGGGAUGAUGGUGAGACCAUGGAGGCCCCGGGUAUCCUUGUCGAACGCGCCAUUGUGAAUGGAGUGCAGAACGGUCGACAAGGCAAGGGUUCGAUCUUUGUCUUUGCUGCAGGCAACGGUGCUUUCCGGGGUGACAAUUGCAAUUUUGACGGCUACACCAACAGUAUCUACAGCAUUACUGUGGGAGCUCUCGACCGCGAGGGCAAGCAUCCUAGCUACUCCGAAGCCUGCUCGGCGCAGAUGGUCGUCACCUAUAGCAGCGGCGGUGGUGAUGCUAUCCAUACCACCGACGUGGGUCCCGACAAAUGCACCACCGUACACGGUGGUACCUCAGCUGCAGGCCCAUUGGCUGCAGGCGCCAUAGCCCUUGCUUUAAGCGUACGGCCUGACCUGACCUGGCGGGAUGUUCAGUAUCUGAUGCUGGAGACGGCGAUUCCGGUCCACAAUGAACCCAACGACAUACAGGUGACAAAAAUAGGGAAGGAAUACAGCCAUCAGUAUGGUUAUGGGAAGAUCGACACGUAUGCUCUGGUGCAGAAGGCCAAGAAUUGGUCUCUCGUCAAGCCUCAAGCGUGGUAUCAUUCGCCAUGGCUGAGAGUGCAGCAGGAUAUCCCUCAGGGAACCCAAGGCCUCGCGAGUUACUUUGAGGUAACCCAAGAUAUACUCAGACAGGCCAACCUUGCCCGGUUGGAACAUGUCACAGUGACCAUGAACGUCAACCACACACGCCGGGGCGACCUGAGCGUCGAGCUGCGCAGUCCAGAAGGUAUUGUGAGCCACCUGAGCGUGACCAGGCAGUAUGAUAAUGAAGCGGCGGGUUACGUCGACUGGACGUUCAUGUCCGUUGCACAUUGGGGAGAAUCGGGCAUUGGCAAGUGGACCGUGAUAGUCAAGGACACCGAGGUCAACGAGUUUACCGGGGUGUUUAUCGAUUGGCGUCUGAAUCUGUGGGGAGAGGCAAUCGAUGGAUCAUCACAAUCGCUCCAUCCACUUCCGGACGAGCACGACGACGACCACAGCAUCGAAGACGCGGUAGUGGCUACAGUCAGUAUUGACACAGGCAUGAGCAAGACCGAACCGCCUCCAGCUCCCACUGACCACGUUGACCGGCCGGUGAACGAGAAGCCCUCGGCCACUGACGCUACGCCCACAGCCCAGGGCGCGUCGACAAUAGCCACGACGACCUCCACAGCGAGCGCAUCUCCCACUGCAUCAUCGUCAGCCAGCUUUUUGCCGUCAUUCUUCCCCACUUUCGGUGCCUCCCGACGCACCCAGGUCUGGAUUUACGCCUCCUUGUCGCUGAUCAUUGUCUUUUGCCUGGCUCUGGGCAUCUACUUCCAGAUCCAGCGGCGGAAACGCCUGCGAAACAACCCUCACGAUGACUACGAGUUCGAGAUCAUCGACGACGAGGAAGAUGCAGAGGCCCCACUGGGCCGACGGAGCGCGAGAAAGCGUCGGGGUGGAGAACUGUACAAUGCGUUUGCUGGGGAGAGUGACGAGGAACUCCUGAGUGAGGAGGAUGAGGACGAGCCCUAUCGAGAUCAUCCCGAGACAGGUCUCCAGGAAAAGCCAAGAGACGAUGGGAACGGGUCUGAAAGGACAUAA